UAUUUUCUCUUCGCCUUCUUCGUUCUCCAUAAUCUUCGUCAACCCUUUUGCUCGUUCUGCGUCGGCUUUCCUUGUUCGUUCUUAGACGGCCGGUUUUGUUCAUUUUCGUACGUAAAGAAACAAGACCGAUCGUUGAUUUGUACAGAUCGUCAACUUUGCAUCACGUAAAGGGGAUACAUAUGGCUGCAGUUUCAUUGCCUCCUGGUUUCCGGUUUCAUCCGACGGACGAGGAACUGAUCACUUAUUAUCUCAAAAGAAAGAUCAACGGUCGGGAGAUCGAUUUGGACAUCAUCCCUGAAGUUGAUCUCUACAAGUGCGAGCCAUGGGACUUGCCAGGAAAAUCGUUGCUUCCAAGCAAAGAUCAAGAAUGGUACUUCUUCAGCCCGAGGGACAGGAAGUAUCCAAACGGUUCGAGGACGAACCGUGCCACCAAAGGCGGUUACUGGAAGGCGACGGGCAAAGAUCGACGAGUGAGUUGGAGAAACCGAGCUAUCGGGACAAAGAAGACCUUGGUUUACUACCGUGGACGUGCACCUCAUGGUAUCAGAACCGGCUGGAUCAUGCAUGAAUACCGCCUCGAUGAAACUGAAUGCGAGCUUUCAGCUCUAGGCAUGCUGGACGCGUAUGCACUUUGUCGUGUGUCCAAGAAAAUUGUGAUUGAGGGGAAGCCGAGGGAAAUGAGUUCUUACGUGCAUACGAGGGCGAUGAUCGGUGAUUGUUCGUCGAAUCUCGACGUUUGUUCCUAUCCAGACAGUUCAACACAUCAGAUUCAGCCUUACCACCAAUUCGGUGGAGGGAGAGAUGAUGAUUGGGCAAGAUAUUUGCCUCAAGAGGCUUUUCCUUUACCAAACCAUGGAUCUUCAUACGAUCCAUAUCCCCCUCUGUCCAAGGUUAAUUCCGAGAUCGAAUGUGCAAUGCUGCAACACCAGAUGUCAUUGCCACCAUUGCGAAUAGAAAGCUCCCCUCAAACAAACGAAUACUUCAAAGUGAAUCAAAACAAUGAUCACGGCUUCGAGGACUUUACUUUCGCCACGAGUAAUUUCAAUCACUAUAACAACGAUCCGUUCAUACCCGUUUUCGGAAAUCUAGAUGAUGGAUUCAAUGCCGAGAACUCGAGGUGGAUGAGAACGCCGAACAAUGAUACCAACCACCAUGAUUUCGUCGAAGAACAUAAGAUUAUGCCAAAUUUCGAAGAUAAUAAUGAAUUCGAUGGUGAAUCUCGAUGCAAUGCCAUCAACAGCAACAUUGACAUCGAAGAUUAUCUCUCCUUCGAAAUCUAUCACGUCAAAGACGAGAAACAAGUAGGAGAGGUCGAUGCGGCCAUUAAUACAAACGAAACCCUAAUCUCGUCGAGCUUUGAAAUGGUGGAAGAAGAGAUCAAGGUUAACCAUGGAAUGUUCAUCGCGACGCGUCAAGCGACCGAGACUCUGUUCCAUCAGAUCGUACCUUCCGAGACAUUGAAAGUUCAAAUCAAUGCUUUGGAUGAUCGUUUGGAAGAAAGGAGGGCAUUGUCCGAAGAUUACUCAGAUUCUUUGUUCGACAAGAUCAAACGAAGUGCAAAGGCGAGACUGUCAAAGGUUCACUUAAUUGCACAUCAAUAUUACAUGAGCAUUAGAGUGUUUUUCUAAUCUCAAUCAUUGUUUUUUUAUCCUAUAUAUAUA